AUCGAAACUGUAAAAAGCAGUGAAAAAGGAUUGAUGGUUAUAGAACAUCAAACCCUGUCUCGUUUCUACAAUCUUUACAUUAUUACAUCUUUAAACAAUUAAUUUUUUCUCUUUAAAUCAUCAAUUAUGGCCUCUAAUGAACCAACAGAUGACACUCUUUAUCCAAUCGCCGUUCUAAUAGACGAACUAAGGAACGAAGAUGUUCAGAUUCGUUUGAAUAGUAUCAAGAAGUUAUCAACUAUAGCGUUAGCCCUUGGCGUUGAGCGAACCAGAACAGAGCUGAUUCCAUUUUUAACUGAAACAGUUUACGACGAGGAUGAAGUGUUACUCGCCCUUGCUGAACAAUUAGGUAAUUUCACACCAUUAGUUGGUGGUGUUGAAUAUGUUAACUGUCUUCUUCCUCCUCUUGAGUCACUGGCUACUGUUGAAGAAACCGUUGUUCGAGAAAAAGCUGUAGACUCACUUCGUAACAUCUCACAGCAACACUCUCCACAAGACUUGGAGAAUCAUUUCGUCCCUCUAGUUAGAAGACUUUCUGGAGGUGAUUGGUUCACCACGAGAACAUCAGCAUGUGGUUUAUUCUCAGUAUGCUAUCCACGAGUUUCAGCUCCUGUCAAGGCAGAGCUCAGAAGUAACUUCCGGGCUUUGUGUCAAGAUGAUACCCCUAUGGUUAGACGAGCUGCAGCAUCCAAGCUUGGUGAAUUUGCUAAAGUUUUGGAACCAGAAUAUCUAAAAUCCGAGGUUAUUUCACUUUGGUCCCAUCUUGCUAGCGAUGAGCAAGACUCUGUUCGCUUGUUAGCUGUUGAGGCCUGCGUGUCUCUUGCCUCUCUUUUGUCUCAAGAGGAUCUCGAACAACAAGUCAUGCCAAUACUUAGACAAGCAGCGGAAGAUAAAUCUUGGAGGGUACGAUAUAUGGUUGCUGAUAAAUUUGUCGAGCUUCAAAAGGCUAUUGGACCAGAGUUAACAAAGACAGAUCUAGUUCCUGCAUUCCAAAAUUUGCUCAAGGACUGCGAGGCAGAAGUGAGGGCUGCAGCUGCACAGAAAGUGAGAGAUUUCUGUAUGAAUUUAGCUCCUAACAGUCAAGAAAGUAUAAUCAUGAAUAACAUAUUACCCUGUAUCAAGGACCUGGUCGCUGACCAUAAUCAACACGUUAAAUCUGCCCUCGCAUCAGUGAUUAUGGGUCUUUCGCCAAUUUUUGGAAAAGUUAACACUGUUGAACAUCUUUUACCAUUAUUUCUUAUCCAACUAAAGGAUGAAUGCCCAGAAGUUCGAUUGAAUAUAAUCUCAAAUCUUGAUUGCGUGAAUGAAGUUAUCGGCAUUCAGCAACUGAGUCAAUCACUUUUACCUGCAAUCGUCGAAUUAGCAGAGGACUCAAAAUGGAGAGUUAGACUUGCAAUAAUUCGUUAUAUGCCCUUGUUAGCAGGUCAAUUAGGAGUUGAAUUUUUUGACGAAAAACUCAAUGGAUUGUGUAUGACAUGGCUAGUGGACCAAGUAUACGCUAUCCGAGAAGCUGCAACACAAAAUUUGAAAAGUUUAGUAGAAAAGUUUGGCGCUGAAUGGGCUACUAACACAGUUAUACCCAAAGUGUUGCAGAUGUCUAAAGAUCAAAAUUAUCUACACAGGAUGACAUGUUUAUUCAGUAUCGAUGGUCUUGCUGCUAUUUGUGGUGCCGAUAUAACGACUAAACUUAUGCUUCCAACUGUUUUGUCAUUAGCAGAAGACAGUGUUGCAAAUGUGCGGUUUAAUGUGGCGAAAACUUUACAAAAAAUAGGACCCAUAUUGGACCAAAGUACCUUGCAAGGUGUCGUAAAGACUGUCUUGUAUAAGUUAGUAAAUGAUCCGGAUCCUGAUGUUCGUUAUUUUGCAAAUGAAGCAAAUCUCACCUUAUAUUAAUCUGGACACUAUAUUGAUAAUGGAUGAGGAUGAAAAAUUUAUUUGAUUUUGUUUGGUUCAUACUUACAAAAAAAUCUACCGAAAUGAAAAAAACUGUUUUUCUUACAAAUAAACCGCAAACAUUCGAUGUAACCCUCUAAUAAUUAUAGUGAUUAUACAGUUAAACCUUUCGAGUUUGUCACUACUUUUAAGCAGUCUCACGCAUUUAAAUCUCAUCGGUUAUAAAGUGAUUCGGUAACAAAAAAAUCUUAAAUUAGUGAAAUUAAAAAGGCCAUUUUUAAGCUUAAUUGUUGAUCUAACUUUUUUUAGCUCCAAUGUAGACUUGUGCGUUAAUUUACCCUGUAAAGCAAUGACAAGCUCAAAUGAAUCAACUGUAUAUAUCGACUUUACCAAAGAGUUAAUAAUGAUUUAAAUGAUAAUGUGUCAUUCAUAAAAUAAAGUCAUUUCAAUUCACUGAUUA